AAUCUCACAACAACAACAACACCACCACUACUACUCUCUCUUUCUCUCUUCAAAAAGAGAUUUCCUAUUCUGAGCCUUUGAUUUUCUCUCUUUAUAACAUUUUUCUUAGUUCAGUACUCCCUAUACCAUUUGCCCAUCAUAUAAGAUCUAAUCCUAUCAUCAUGGCCGUUGAUUCAGUAACACCUUCUCCUUUGGGACCACCUGCAUGUGAGAAAGACGCUAAGCCGCUUCAGUUCAUAGAGGACAUGACUCGAAACAUUGACCCCGUUCAGGAAAAGACUCUCAGCGAGAUACUGAGUCGUAACUCGGAAACUGAGUACCUGAAACGAUUUCAGCUCAACGGAGCUACCGACCGUGACUCCUUCAAGUCAAAGGUCCCUGUUGUCACCUACGAGGAUAUUCAGCCUGACAUUCAACGCAUCGCUAAUGGAGAUCGCACUCCUAUAUUUUCAUCUCAUCCCGUUUCUGAGUUUCUCACUAGUUCUGGUACUUCUGCUGGCGAAAGAAAAUUGAUGCCAACAAUUCAUGAAGAAUUGGAUCGUCGCCAGCUUUUGUACAGUCUUCUCAUGCCCGUUAUGAACCUAUACGUGCCAGGAUUGGACAAGGGAAAAGGACUCUACUUCUUGUUCAUCAAAGCUGAAACAAAGACCCCAAGUGGUCUAGUGGCUAGACCCGUUCUGACCAGCUACUACAAGAGCGAACACUUCAAGACUCGUCCGUACGACCCUUACAACGUCUACACUAGUCCAAACGAGACAAUCCUUUGCCCAGACUCAUUCCAGAGCAUGUACUCACAGAUGCUCUGCGGCCUCGUCAUGCGCCACGAGGUCCUCCGAGUCGGAGCCGUUUUUGCUUCGGGACUCCUCCGAGCCAUACGGUUCCUCCAGCUCAACUGGAGGGAACUCGCUCACGACAUCUCCACCGGAACGCUGAACCCCAAAAUCACCGACCCGGCUAUCAAGGAGAAGCUGCUUUCGGAUAUCCUGAAACCCGACCCGGAACUGGCGGACUUCAUCGCCUCCGAAUGCUCGGGAGAGAAUUGGGAAAGGAUCAUUACCCGUAUUUGGCCAAACACCAAAUUCCUCGAUGUGAUCGUUACUGGCGCAAUGGCUCAGUACAUCCCGACCCUUGAUUACUACAGCGGCGGUCUUCCCAAGGCUUGUACAAUGUACGCUUCUUCCGAGUGUUACUUCGGACUUAACCUUAAACCAAUGUGCGAUCCCUCCGAUGUUUCUUACACCAUCAUGCCAAACAUGGGCUACUUCGAGUUCAUGCCCCAUGACCCGGAGGCUCAGCCUUCGAGCCGCCAGUCUCAGCCGCCACGGCUCCUCGACUUAGCCGAUCUCGAGUUGGGUAAGGAGUACGAACUCAUCAUCACAACUUACGCCGGGUUAUGCCGUUACCGAGUCGGUGACAUUCUACAAGUCACCGGGUUCCAUAACUCGGCCCCACAGUUUCGGUUCGUCAGGAGGAAGAACGUUCUUCUGAGUAUCGACUCGGAUAAGACAGACGAGUCAGAGCUCCAGAAAGCCAUCGAGAACGCCUCAGUUCUUCUCCGCGAGUUCAACACGACCGUGGUUGAGUACACGAGUUUUGCUGAUACGAAAACGAUUCCUGGGCAUUACGUGAUUUACUGGGAGCUUUUGGUGAAGGACUCGGCUAACUCGCCGAGUGAGGACGUGUUGAAUCGUUGCUGUUUGGCCAUGGAGGAAUCGCUCAACACGGUUUAUAGACAAGGAAGAGUGGCUGAUAACUCGAUUGGACCAUUGGAGAUAAGGGUUGUUAAAAAUGGAACGUUUGAGGAGCUUAUGGAUUAUGCGAUAUCUAGAGGCGCGUCGAUUAAUCAGUAUAAGGUACCAAGGUGCGUAAAUUUCACACCCAUAAUGGAGCUUCUCGAUUCCAGGGUUGUUUCGGUGCACUUUAGCCCAGCUGCACCGUAUUGGAACCCAGAACGACGUCGUUAAAGUUUGGUCAUGAUGAGAUGAUGAGGUGGCAUGGACACGGAACAGUAUUGGCCGGGUCGAGCUUAGCUAGGCUAAAUUAAAUAAUCGCAGAAAUACAUGAAGUUUAUCUAUGUGACUAUAUAUUAUAUAUAUGUAUGUCGUUAUAUAUCAUCAGCAUGUAGCUUUAUUAUUGUUAAUUUAGAGAUUGGAGUUACAUGUAGUUUUUUUUUUUUUUUGGAUUGUGUGUGUUUGUGAAAUAACUAAGUUUAAUGUAAUAUCCUAAAGUGGUGGGUGAUUUAUAAUAUAGUUUGUUAUUAAAUGUAUGUAAAAUGUC